GUACUUACGGAUAAUUUUAUUAAAUAUAUAAAAUUUAUGUAUAAAAUAAAUUUAAUAUAUCACAGAAUUAUAAAAACAUUAUAAUUUUUAAUAAUCAUUUUUAUCUUUUAUAAAUAUUUAAUUAUUUUUUGUAAUAAUUUAUUAAGGUUAGAAAAAUUCGCACAUGUGUUAUUGAAGCUAAAGUUAUAAAUUUUAUUUAAAUUUUUAAAUAAAAAUCUAAAUUUUUUAUAUUAAUUUUAACUUUUUUAUUUAUAUCGUAUCAAUAAAAAAUUUAUAAAAAUGGCACUAAAUGAUAAUAAUUUGGAAAUCAAUUCUAAAUGUAUAAAUAAAGAUAAUAAUAAAAGAGAAAACUAUAUAGAUUGGGAAGAUUAUUUUAUGGCUAUAGCUUUCUUAAGUGCAAAACGUAGCAAAGAUCCUCGUACUCAGGUUGGUGCAUGUAUUGUGAAUGAAGACAAACAAAUUGUAGGUAUUGGAUAUAAUGGAAUGCCUAAAGGUUGUAGUGACGAUGAAUUUUCUUGGUGCAAAAAUUCUAAUGAUUCAUUAAAAAAUAAAUCUUUAUACGUAUGUCAUGCUGAAGUUAAUGCUAUUUUAAAUAAGAAUUGUAGCAGUGUUAAAAAUUGUACCAUUUAUGUUGCACUCUUCCCAUGUAAUGAAUGUGCUAAAGUAAUAAUACAAUCUGGAAUAAAAUUAGUUAAAUAUGUUUCUGAUAAACAUGCAACAAAGAAAAAAACUAUUGCUGCAAAAAAAAUGUUUGAUGCAGCAGGUAUUACAUACAGCCAAUAUUCUCCAAAAAACAAACAGAUAAUAAUUGAUUUCACUGAAAUAGAUAGUAAUGAUGAAAAUAAUUAACAAAUUUUCACAAAAAUAAUGUUUAAAAUUGUAAACAAUAUUAAUUAUUUGGUAACACAAACAUGGCUUAUAGUUUUACUGAAUAUUCAUUUUUACUGAAAAAUUAUGGUUACCAAUAUUUACAAAUAAAAUUGAAUUAGGUACAGAUGGAAAGUAAGAAUAUCUCUACUUAUUUUAAAUUUUUACAAGUCUAUUUUUACCUUUAACAUUAAUUAUAUAAUAUUAUGGAAAAUAAAUAAAACAAUGUACAGAAAGUGAAAGAACUUUAGCAAUAAUACAAAGAUACUAUGCAGUGUUAUCAAGAUAAUAUUAUCUGCAACUAUAUUGCAAACAAUAUACUGUACAAGUGUAAACAGUGAUACGAUAAAGUAUGGCAUGAUAAAAAUAUGUAACAAGUAUCUAUCAUUUCUUUGAAAUGAUAAAAUGAUAUCUCAAUAUUCUUUACAAAACAACUGAAGGAAGGGCGAUUGUUGAUAUCUGAUAUAAUAUUUUCAUGUUGACUCGUUAUUAAUAUAACAACAAACAGAAAUUGAACAUAGAGUUUUGACAUAUAUGAUAAUGAUAAUACGUUUAUGUACAUACUAUACAUAUCCAUGUUUUUGUCUUUAAAAUAUUAUUUCACUUACGUUUGUAGUCACAACUAUGGAGUAAAGUUACAUAAAGAAAAUAAUUAUACAUGGUGUGAUUGAAUUCAUCAUAUAGAAAAAUAUUUAAUUAAUAUUAUGAAAAUGUAUAGAAAUUUUAUAAAGAGACAAAAAUAUUAAUAUUUGUAAAAAACAUAUUUGACAUUAUAUGUAUUAUCUUUUAGGAAUAUAUUAUUUGAGCUUCUUUCGCAUACUCAAUGAAUAUUAAUUACAGUGUAUAAAUAGCAAUUGCAGAAAAUAUAAUAGUAGAUUUCCGUAUAAUGCGAGUUGCCAUAAUACAAAAAUAUUACGAUUACUAUUUUCAUAUAACGCGAUUCCUCGUACAAUGCGAUAUGUACAUAUGUUUUUUCUUUU